AUGACAAAUGAUAUUUAUCUUCGUAAUCCAAGUGUAAAAUGGGAUGAUAUUAUCGGAUUAGAUGCAGCAAAGCGGACUAUCAAAGAAGCUGUUGUAUAUCCAAUACGAUAUCCACAACUAUUCACCGGAAUAUUAUCACCAUGGAAAGCUCUUUUACUUUACGGACCGCCAGGUACCGGUAAAACAUUAUUAGCAAAAGCAGUUGCUACUGAAUGUAAUACAACAUUUUUUAAUAUAUCAGCAUCAACGAUUGUUAGUAAAUGGAGGGGUGAUUCGGAAAAAUUAGUUCGAGUAUUAUUCGAAUUAGCACGAUUUCACGCACCAUCCACAAUAUUUUUGGAUGAAUUAGAAUCGAUCAUGAGUCAACGCGGUGGUGGACACGCUGGCAGUGAACAUGAAGGAAGUCGUCGUAUGAAAACAGAAUUACUCGUUCAACUUGAUGGAUUAUCGAAAUCCGAUGAUUUAGUUUUUCUUCUAGCUGCUUCUAAUUUACCAUGGGAACUUGAUCAUGCAAUGUUAAGACGUCUGGAAAAACGUGUUCUCGUCGAUUUACCAAUAAAUGAAGCGAGACAAUCACUCUUUCAGCAAUUUCUACCUCCAACUGUGAUACGAGAACCAAAUGGAUUAGUUUUACUUUCCGAUCUCGAUUACGGUCGUCUAAGUGAAUGUACAGAAGGUUAUUCUGGUGCUGACAUUAAACUUGUUUGUAAAGAAGCAGCUAUGAAUCCAGUCCGUAAAGUAUUUGACAUAUUAGAAAAUCUUAAAGAUGAUGCUAAUUUAGGUGAAUGUAUUCAACUUGAUUCAAUAAAAACGACUGAUGUUGAAAAGGUCUUAUCAACUACAAAACCAUCAGCACGUGCAUUCAAAGAUAAAUAUACCCAAUGGCAAAAAGAAUAUGAAAGUGUGUGA